AUGUCAUAUGGAAAUGGGGCUCACAUGCCUGCGGUCCGCAGUUCCCUGUUUCUCGGAUACGCCUCGCAACCAAGAAGCCAGGCUUAUUGGAGUCCACCUAUCAUAGGCUAUAAGACACCUAGCUGCGGCAGCAAUUCGGGUUUCUGUACGCAUAGCUGGCCUUCCACGCUCUUCCAGUCCGCUUUCCACAUUCGCUUCUAUCCCUUGUCUCGCCACUCGUUUCCCCCCUGCUCAGUUCGCGAAAAUGGCCGGCGCUCCAGCUGCUGCAGCACCAUCAGCUCCUUGUCCAACGACGAUAUUGGAUUCUACACUGAUAUAUUGAUUUUAUUCGUUCUCUUAUUCUUCACUAUCACCGCUCUGCCUCGCCUCUUUGCUCGAUUAAGCCAUCGUACAGCAUGGAGAGACGGCUGGAUCAUCCUUCGUGGCUCAUCUUCCUCGAACAAGUUUGCAUCGACCAACUCGAGCGAAUUCAGCGUUACCCGUAAACCGACAUAUUCGUCCAAUGGCGGUCUUUCACGCUCAAACACUCAAGGCGGUCUCUCUCGUUCCAACACCAAAGUCGGUCUCUCGCGCUCCAACACCAAAGGGGCGUUCACCACGGAAAGCGAGACGUACGAAUCGACCUAUGUCCAGCACUCGUCAUUCAACGUCAAUGUCGUUCCUCAUUUACGUGCCGCUCGUGGGGUCCAGGGCCACGAGCCUACCCGCGUACCGUCCUACCACUCGAUGCUUCACCCGGUCUCGAAAUUCGUUUCGACUCGGUAUGCAGGGUACUCUUUCGGACAGUAUAUCGUCUUGUUCGGAUACGCUGCUCUGAUCACCGUCGCGAUGUUCCUGUUUGGGAAUCCGAUUCCUGUCGUUUUUGCGCUUGGAACAAAGAACAGUCUGGUUGGGUCCUUGGUUGGGAUGGGGUAUGAAAAGUUGAACUAUAUCCACCGAUGGGUUGGCCAACUCAUGUUUAUCACUGGUUUAUUCCAUGUUGUCGGAUAUCUCGUCAAAUGGACCAAAUCUGGUGUUCUCCCGCUCGCUGCCAAGAACCAGUUCUGGGGCUGGAUGGCCUUUGGUGGGCUCGUAUUCUGUGCGAUCCUCUCCCUCCCGGCGAUUCGUCGUUCGUCGUACACGAUCUUCUGGCAUUCGCACUGGAUCGGGCUGGUCAUCAUGUUGUUUGCCGUAUGCUUGUUGCACGUCCCCGAAUGUAUCCCCUACUGCGUCGCGGCGGGUGCCAUCUAUGGACUCGACCAAUUGACGCGUAUCGUCAAGUCCCACUGGGUGACUGCAACGAUUACACCUGUCCCUGAGAUGAAGUGCACUCAGAUCUCUAUUCCGAACCUGACUCGUGGAUGGAGAGCUGGCCAACACGUUCGUGUUCGUAUCCUCAGUGCCGGAAUGGGACCGCUCGGAUGGGCCGAGGCGCACCCUUUCACCAUUGCGUCCGUAUCCAACUCGUCCGGACAAGGUGAUGGCCUCACGCUCCUCGCCAAGCGCGCAGGAGACUGGACCGGAAAGUUGUACACGCUCUCCCAGGGCACGCCAUCCUCCGAAAAGGGACUCGGAGUCGGACGCAACGUGAGCAUGAUCAUCGAAGGUCCGUACGGCGGUCCUGGACCAUGCAUCUUUGCCGCGUUUACUGCCAGCGUGAUCGUCACCGGCGGAUCAGGCGUCACGUUCGCGACCUCGGCCGUCGAAGAGCUGAUCGCGCAGGCCGAGGAAGGAAACGCCAAGACGAGGAGUAUCGAUCUGGUCUGGGUCGUUCAAGAGCACAAGAACGCCGCGCCGCUUGUUCCUGUGUUUGCUGCGCUGCUGGCGCGGGCGUCGACGGUGCAUACGUUGAGUUUGAAGGUCCAGAUUCAUUAUACGCGUGCGUCCUCGACGGCUCCGCCGAAUGUGGCCCAGCUGGUUGUGUCUGAGGUUGUGAGGAGGACUGCGGUUGGGGGGACUGCCGGGGGUGUGGUGGUCGGUGUGUGUGGGCCAUUACCGUUGGUUGAAGAUGUAUACAAAGCAGAGCGGGCCGUGGGGGGUGAGAUGAGAAAGGCUGCUGGAGGCGUGGAAGUGCAUGAAGAGUGGGUCGAAUUUUAUUACGAGAGUGAGAGCAAGCCGCUGCCUGGUGCACACGGCGCUGAUGGAACCGCGGAUGAAGAGAGUCGCCGACGCAACCCACUCGAAAGACGAGUCCAAGACGUCUCCCUCGCCCUCGCUGUCCCCCCCGCCACCCUCGCCUGGCGCAAACACGAGCAAACAGCUGAACUCGACGCCGUCCUCGCCGUUGAGCGACCCGCCGCAGUCGCCCAGGACGUCCCCGGCGCCCAACACGGCAAGGACACCGAUGACAGGGAGGACCGAGCGGCAGUGGUGCUUGAGCUCAAUGCGGAGCUUCUCAAAGCGUGUGGGUCGAUGAUUGAGCGUGGCGUGCCUAGUGCUGAGCUUGAGCCAUGGAAGCAACGACUGUCUCAGAACCUGACGUGGCUUGCGACAUAUGCGGACCAAAAGCCUCGUUCCGAAAACGCCCCUCCCUUGCCUGUGUUUACCCACCCUUCGCCCGCUCCCAAUCCGACUAUCGAGUCUCUCUACUCCAAGCUCCCAGCGCGCAGCCCAAGAUGCCCUUCGUCCUCUCCUUCCCUCAAGCGCGAGAGGGAAUCGUCUCCGACCUCUGACUCGAAGCGCAUCGACACAGGCGUCGGCAAGACCUUUUCCAUCGGCAGCGGGAGCGUCAAGGGCGAUGGCAGUAGCGUUGCCGGCAGCCCCGGGAGAGCCCAAACCCCGAGCAUAAACGCUAUGAGAACGAUCGCCAGCCCACCUGGGCCGAGCAUGAGCCCUGUAGCAGGCAUGAACCCCAACGCGCUCGGCGGAAUCAAUUCCCUUGGGGCUGUCGGUGGACAGAUGUCUCCGGCUGGACAAAUGUCUCCUGUUGGUGGCCAACCUCAGCUCGGCCAGAUGUCCCCGGCGGGUACGAUGGGCCACAUCUCGCCCGCGAACCAACUCGGUCAAAUGUCCCCCACGAACCAGAUGUCCCCUAACCAACUUGGCGGUCAAAUGUCACCUACCAACCAGCUCGGACAGAUGUCGCCUACCAACCAACUUGGACAAAUGUCGCCUACCAACCAACUCGGUCAAAUGUCCACGAAUCAACUCGGUCAAAUGUCCCCCACCAGUCAACUAGGCCAAAUGUCACCGACGAACCAGCUCGGGCAGAUGUCUCCCGUAGCCGGACAGAACCAGAUGCAGGCGAGGGGGAUGAGCCCUGUGGCCGGCAUGGGUCCCAAUGCGGCCAUGGGAAUGGGGCAAGGCGGGAUCGGGAUGGGUCAGAACGCGAUGGGUGGGAUGGGUAUGGCCGGUAUGGGAGGACAGAACCAGAUGGCCAUGGGACAAAAUCCCCUCGGUAUGGGUGGCCAAAAUAUGGGCAUGGGAGGCCAGAAUCCGAUGGGCAUGGGCGUGCAGAACGUGAUGGGCAUGGGCGGCCAAAACGCGAUGGGAAUGGGAGCCCAAAAUGCGAUCGGCGGGCUGGGGGGGAUGGGAAUGAUGAACCCUCAACGAAACAUGAGUCCGGUCGCGAGCAUGCGUCCCCCGUCGCAACAGCAAAAUCCGACGAUGGGUCAAUCCGGCGGGAUGGGCAUGGGGGUCGGAGUCGGGGUGGGGAACAUGGUUGGGAUGGGUCAGAAUCCGAUGGGCGGGCAGAACGUCAUGUCUGGCGUCGGCCAGAACUCGAUCGGCGGGGUAGGCCAGAACUCGAUGGGUGCGCAAAACGCCAUGGGUGUCGGGCAAAAUGCCAUUGGCGGAGUUGGUCAAAAUCCUAUGGGCGCAGUCGGCCAAAAUCCCAUGGGCGCCGGGAUGGGCGGACAAACCAAUAUGGCCGAACCCGCCUCAUCCAAUAAGAUUAGCAUGUUGGCGCAGAUGCAGCAGCGGCACCAGGCGGCUGCGCGUCAACAGCAGCAACAACAACAGCAGCAACAGCAGCAACAACAGCAACAGCAACAGCAGCAGCAACAGCAGCAGCAGCAACAACAACAAAACCCCAACGCUCAGCCUGGACAAAGCGCAAGCCCACCCAUUCCCCAACUCGUUCAUUCUAGGCAGCAACAGCAACAACAGCAGCAACAACAGCAGCAGCAGCAACGACAAUUCAUGAUGCUCCAGCAGCAAAUGCGGACCGGUGGUCAAACGCCACAACAGCAAGCGGCGCAGAUCCAACGAAUGAGAGCUGAGCAGCGCAUGCAUGUUCAACAGCAACAGCAGGGUCAACAAGGACAGGGACAGGGACAACCCGCGGGUAUGCAAGGCGGACGUGCAUACCAUAUGGCUAUGAUGCAGCAGCAGCAACAGCAACAGGGACAACAAUGGAACACUCCCGGUGUGGGUGGAAACACGGGAUGGCCAGGUGGUGGAGGCGGCAUAACACUGGUCUCGGUGUUGGGAGCAUGA